AUGCCUGACAAACAUAAGUUCAAGUUUCUAAACCAUUUCAAGUCAAAGGAAGAAGAACCCCCACUUCUGUUGGGCCUGACAUCAUCACCUUCUCCUUCGAACGCUCAUCAUCACCAAAAUGCUAAUACCUCAACGUCAAGCAACAAUAAAAAGAUCUUUGGUUUCUUUGGUAAACACGAUUCAAGUGACUCGCUUGCUACGACAUCACCAACUCAAACUAAUUCAUCGGAUGUUACUAACACACACGUUUCAAGCCAACAUCAAAUCGCAUCACCAAAACCGCUAAGUAGCAGAAUCAACGGCACUACUGGUGGGUUACCGCACCAAGGAAAUUCCCCAAACUCACCCUUGGCUGUUCCUCCGCCUCCUCCACCCACAAUUACAACUCCAACUCCAAUGGUUCAGCACGUGGACGCUGCGGUUUCUCCCGCUGCCAUUCCCCACAACAAACUGGUCCCAUCGUCGUCCGCGAUCGACUUGAGAAAGUUCUUUCGAGGCGGGAAAAAGAAGGAUCUGCUGCUGCCCCACGGUACUCCCCAGGGAACACUUUCCACCACUUCUUCUAUAUCUUCCAACACACCUCAUAAUAAUAAUAACCAGCAAACUUCGCCCUUACCCAUCAGAGGGUCGCUGGUGUCGCUUGCCAACUUGAUCAACCAAACAAGCUCUCAAUUGGUCCAAUCUGCCCAACAACAUCAUAGCUACUCUCAUACAGCCAAUGGUGGUGGUACAGGAGGAACUGGACCAGGAGGAAUUCUGUUGUUUGGGUCGACAGGGUCGCCUUUGAUUUCCAAAUAUGGGAAAAUGGGGAAAGAACUUGGUUCUGGGGCCGGAGGCUCUGUUCGACUCAUUACUCGUCCUUCGGAUAACAAGACGUUCGCGGUGAAAGAGUUUCGACCCAAACGAGCGGAUGAAUCGUUGAAAGAUUAUACCCGGAAAUGUACUGUAGAAUAUUGUAUUGGUUCUACGUUGAGACAUCCUAACAUCAUCAGAACCAUUGAUAUUAUUCAUGAACUGAAUCGUUAUUUCGAAGUCAUGGAGUAUGCUCCUAUAGAUUUUUUUACGGUGGUUAUGUCUGGAGAAAUGACAAGACAAGAAAUCAAUUGCUGUCUUAAACAAAUCAUAGAAGGUGUUAGUUAUUUGCAUUCAUUAGGUUUAGCUCAUCGUGAUCUUAAAUUGGACAAUUGUGUGCUAACUACCAGAGGUAUACUUAAGAUUAUAGACUUUGGAAGUGCAGUAAUCUUCAAGUAUCCCUAUGAUCAGUAUGGGAAUUCUACAACCAUUCACCCCUGUCAUGGUAUAGUUGGAAGUGAUCCAUAUUUGGCACCUGAGGUGUUACGGUCGUCUCAUUCUUAUAAUCCUCAACCUGUCGAUUUAUGGUCAAUUGGAAUUAUUUAUUGUUGCAUGACACUUAAACGAUUCCCCUGGAAGAUCCCUGAUCCAGCCACAGAUAACUCGUUCAAGUUGUAUAACAUGGUUGAUGAUAAUUGGCAUGAUUACGAAUUGAGUAACGAACUGCACAAAUUGUUGUUACAACAACGGAAGUUAAAGAAUAUGAUUGUCCGUCUGAAUAAGCGUAAGAAGUUGUUAGAGAAACAGCAACAACAACAGCAUCAGACAGAAGAUAUUUCACCAGCAAAGGAGUUAGAUAAAAUUAACUCUGAACUUCAAGUUCAAACUUUCCCCACCCCAGCAACCACUCCUUCUGUCGAUCCUUCUGCCAUGGAAGAGGAACCGGCCAGUUCUAACGCUGAUUCAAAUUCUAACGUCAGGGAAAACGCACAUGAGGGAACCUCAAUUGAGGCUCAUGGUGGCCAUGAAGAUGAGACAUUGAAGUCAACUAAGGCGAACAGUGAACUUCUUAGUGGUGAACAGGUGGAAGAGAUUAUGCAACAGUUGAAACAGAUUGACGAUAAGCUUGAAGAGUUUGAAAAGACCAAACACGAAAAGAAACUCAUAUGGCAACAAGCAGUGAAUAAGAUUGACGUUCCAGCACCAGAAGAAGAGUCUCCGGAUAAAAAGAAGAAACAGAUCCAUGGACCUUAUCGUUUGAUGAGACUUCUUCCUCAUGCUUCACGACCAAUAAUUUCUCGGAUGUUGGAGGUAGAUCCAAAGAAGAGAGCCACCAUUGAAGAGAUUUUGAACAAUGAGUGGAUCAAGGAAAUUGAAUGCUGUACAUUGAAGUUAGCCAUCACUGAUGACGAUGAUGAUGAUGAGCUUCUUCCUGGAAACCCACCACAUAAGCAUACAAUUGUAACCGAAGGACAAUGA